AUGGCAAGUCUCAAUAAGCUUGCAAUCCGGGGCAUUCGUUCCUUCGACGACAAGCAAAUAUCUGUCAUUGAAUUUUUCUCCCCAGUCACCGUCAUAGUCGGACACAAUGGAAGUGGAAAAACAACUGUCAUUGAGUGUCUGAAAUACGCGACGACGGGCGACCAGCCUCCCAACACUCGAGGUGGCGCGUUCGUCCACGACCCGAAGAUGGCGAAUGAGAAGGAAGUCAAAGCUCAAGUCAAGUUACGUUUUCAUGCUGCAAAUGGGACACGGAUGCUUGUCGUUAGGAACCUCUCAGUCACAGUCAAGAAGACUGGCUUGACUAUGAAGACCCUCGAGAACAUUCUUGCGCUUGCGGAUAGCAAUAUCGAAAAGGGUGGCAAGAGGGGAGCUAUUUCCACGAAGUGCGCUGAGAUAGACACAGAAAUACCCCAUCUCCUUGGGGUAUCAAAGUCUGUUCUGGAGAAUGUAAUUUUCUGUCAUCAGGAGGAUUCGUAUUGGCCCCUUGCCGAGCCUUCUGCACUUAAGAAGAAAUUUGACGAUAUCUUCGAGGCCACGCGUUAUACCAAGGCACUUGACUCUAUCAAGUCGCUGCGUAAAGAUCGCGUUGCCGACCUUAAAGCGGACAAAGAACGUUUGGAAUCUCUUGCGAAAGAGAAAGCGCAUGCCGACAAGCUCCGUGGCCGUAUUAGCGAACUGAACGCGACCGUUACCGGGAAGCAAUUGCAGUACGAAGAGACCAAGAAACAGUACGAGGAACUUGUCAAGAACAAUGCACGCUUCUACGAGUCCGCCACCAAGUUCCGCGAGUUAUACGUCAAGGUGGAGAAUCUGCAACAAAAGAAGGAACAUUAUCGACAAGAGCUUUCGGAUGCGAAGGAGAGCGUGCAGGAAGUUGGAGGCACUGAUGAGGAGCUUCAGGAGCGCUUACGCAACUUUGACCAGAACAUUGAGAGGGAAAAAAUAGCUCGCAACAGACGCGAGGUGGAACGACAAGAUCUUGAAGAUGAACUUGCAAACACGCGAAGAUCGCACGUGGAGCUGAUUAACGAACACGGCGAACUUGCUGCAGAGGCCAAGGCGCAUGACCGUCGCAUUUCCGAACGCGAGGAACUCAUCCGUGACAUCAGUGACAAGAACAAUAUCAAGGGCUACAACCACUGUCCUCUCGAACGCGAGAAAGUGAUUGAGUUUGUCUCCCGACUCGGGGAUCUCCAACGUCGACAAAGGUCUGAAUAUGAGAAGCUGCAGACUGGAAGGAACAACAAGAAUGACGAACACAGCCGCAAGUUACGGCUGCUGCACACCGAGCUAGAAAGUCUUCGGAUGCAGCGAGGAAAUGCACGCGAACAAAUCAAAGAGCGCCAAGCCGCUGUUACCAAAGCUGAAUCAUCAGUUGAGACCAUGCAGGGUCUCGCAUCUGAGCUCCGCACUCUUGCUGGUGAUAUCGAGGAGAAGAAAUCGCGUGUUGAGAAGAUCAAGGCGGAUAUCCAAUCUGGGAACUUCGAUGAGCGCCUGAGUGCGAAGGCCGCAAAGGCACGGAGUAUGGAAGACCAACGCGACGCCCUGAACCUGGAACUUCGCAGCCUGAGCUUGCAGGCGGAGUCAAGGGCUCGCUUGGACCUCAAGCGGGCAGAGAUGCGGAGUAAGACAUCAGAUACCAAGAACAUCCUUGAGUUGUGCAACGUCAAAUUUCGGAAGUUAAUAGGCAAAGAUGCAAGAGCAGAAACAAUGGAGCGUGAUAUUGACCGUCUCUCGAGAGAGAAAGAGGAGGAGCUCGCUGGCGCAGAGGCCGAGGCUGCCGCCGCGAAUAAAGAACUCCAGCAAGCAGAGACAACCUUAUCGCACGCAAAAUCCGAGAUGAAGAGCAAGCGUGACGAAAUGAAAAAAUUGGAGAAGAAGCUCAAGGACGAUAUUGAAGGAGGGAUUCCUUUCGAGGUCGCCCUCCCGUCCGCGCAGAGGGAGCUCAGCUACCACAAGAACGAGAGCAGCAGCAAAGCGGGCAUGGGUCAAGUCUAUGAGCAAAUUCUGAAAGCAGGACAGGCGAAAAAAGUCUGCACUGCCUGCAACCGCGGCCUAGAUGCCAAGGAUAUGCUCGUUUUCGAGAAAUAUCUCAAGGAGCAAAUCGAGAAAAAUUCUCCCGAGGCUAUUGAGGCUCAGAAAGCUGUCAUUGACGAGUGGGAAAGUGAAUUGAAGAAGCUCCACGGUCUUAUGCCCGUGUUUGCAACCAAGGAGCGCAUCAGGACUGUCGAGCUUCCAACACUAGAGAAGCAAAUCAAGGCUUUGGAUGCAGAUCUUCCGUCCAAUAGCGAGAAGGCAGAGCAGGCUGUUGAAAGGCUAACAGAUCUUAAGAAGGACAUGAAAGAAGUUGCUUCCUUGAAGCAGUCCGCCUCCACCGUGUCACGUAACCAGAGCGAGACGGAGCGGCUCAAGGCUGAGAUCAGAAACUUGGAAGCGGAGCUUGCUGCUACCGGUAUUGCCAAGACUGGUGAUGAUGUGCAGAGCGAACUUGAUGUCCUUUCUAACGAGAUACGUUCAAAUGAGAGAGAAAGGCAAGCGCUCAUGACAGAGCGUGACCGCCAGAAUCAAUUGCUGCGGACGAAUGAGAGUGACCACCAUGCGAUGGAAAAGAAAGAAAAUACGCUUUCUAAUCAAAUCCGUGACAAGGAUAUCAUGGAGGAACGUAUCGUCACAAUGACCAACGAGAUCGCAGCCUUGCACUCGAAAUUGAAGGAACUGGACACAAAGAUUUCGGAGGCGCAAGCUCCCAUCGAUACGCUUGAACACGAGCAUCAGCAGGCUAUGGUCAACCUUGAUGCAAAGAUACGCGAAGCUCAACGUUCCGUACAAGAACUCAACAUGAACGUCGACAAACUUGACAACCUCAAUAAAAUCGUAGAACGAUAUAUUCGUGACAAGCGGGCCCGUCUCCUUGUUGAGUGCGCCGACAAGAUAGAGCAAUUCGAGCAGGGCAUCAAGGAUCUUGUCACUAAUAUUGAGAACGUCCGGGAUGUCGUAGCUAAGAUUGACCGGGAGAUCAGCGAGAGCGGCAGUUUGGUCGUGAAUCUGCGCGAGAAUAUCCGUAUCAGAAGGCUUGCUCGCGAUAUAGCAGCUACGCAAGCCGAGAUUGACUCCUGUGAUAUGGAUGGGGCUGCAAAGGCGAAGCGGAACUUUGAGGACCGUUACCAGGUUGAGAAACAGAAGGAAACGGAAAUGCAGAGCAGGUAUGCCCAUAUAGGAGGCGAAAUCAGUUCCCACCAAGAACAACUCAAGAUGACAGAGAGGGAUCUACGUGACUUCAAAGACAUCAAUAAACGGUAUACCGAGCAAUUGGUCAAGGUCAAGAUGUCCGACAUGGCAAACAAUGACCUGGAGAAAUAUGCCAAGGCCCUAGACAAUGCCAUUAUGAAGUACCACGGUCUGAAGAUGGAGGAAGUGAACGAUACCAUGCGUCAUCUCUGGAAUAAAACGUAUCAAGGGACUGAUAUCGAUGGUAUCAAGAUCCGCUCUGACGUUGAGGGCGGCGCAUCAAAACGAUCCUAUAAUUACCGAGUUGUUAUGACAAAAGAUCAAGUCGAGAUGGACAUGCGUGGACGAUGCUCCGCAGGUCAGAAGAUGCUAGCCUCGAUUAUUAUCCGUCUCGCCCUCUCUGACUCUUUCGGCCAAAACUGUGGCAUUCUUGCGCUGGAUGAGCCAACAAACGCUCUUGAUGUGGAAAACAUCGAUGCACUCGCUGAGAGUCUUGUCGACAUCAUCCACGAGAGGAAGAAUCAUUCUAACUUUCAGUUGAUCAUCAUCACACAUGACGAGAAUUUCCUUCGCAAGCUCGGUCAAGCCGAGGUGAUGGAGUAUUAUUGGCGUGUUUCGCGAGACUCGAGACAAAAGUCUGUAAUUGAACGUCAAAGGUUCAGAUAA